AUGGAUCACAUUGCGGAAAUUACACCCACUGGCAAUCUACAAGUCUACAAAUCCUGCACGUACCCUCAAUAUCUGGAAUUGAAACAGCAACGAGCGCUGGCAUCGCGGGCAGAAUUCGAGCGCAAUCAGGUAAAGGCAGCCAAACUGCAAGGCUUUGUAGAUAAAUGGGGAGCAUCCGCUACCAAGGCAUCUGCGGCUCAAUCCAGAGUCAAACAACUCGAAAAGAUGGGGCGAGAGGGAUUGUUGGAUGAGCCGGAUGAAGCAAUCGUGGCGGAGCGGUUCAAACCGACACUGGUCUUGCCAGACCCUCCUCGCGCUAUCGGAGACACCCUGUUGGCUCUUAACGAUGCAUCGGUUGGAUACGACAAUGAUAAACCCCUUGUGGAAGGGGUCAAUUUGGAAAUUGUGAGAGGAAUGAAAUUGCUUAUCCGGGGUCCCAAUGGAGCAGGGAAAAGCACAUUGCUUCAUUCGUUGAGAGGAACACUGCCUCUGAUUGAGGGAGAGCGGACCAAGAAUGCACAGCUUGAAUUGGGUGUUUUCACUCAAGACUUGGCCCAAGAGCUUGAUGGUGAAUCGAGGGCAGUUGACAUUGUCACACAGUAUGCUCGAACCGGAUUUGACGUUACUAUUUCGGAUGAACAAGCCAGAGGUGUCAUGGGUAGGUUAGGGCUGACAGGUGAAAAGGCGUUGCGCAGAAUCAAAGAGCUGUCAGGAGGCGAAAAGGCGCGAGUUGCUUUGUCAAACUUUUCCAUCAAACCAUCAAACUGCAUAUUGCUGGACGAAGUGUCAAAUCAUUUGGAUCAGGAAUGCGUGGAGGCACUCAGCGACGCCCUGACCGAUUGGGGCAAAGAUGAUGGGGCUGUUGUGGUGAUAUCUCACGACAAAGAAUUCUGUUCCAAGGUGGGUUUCACUCAUGUCGCCACGGUCUCAGAUGGCAAGUUCAAGCUAGAACAAAGAAGCAUGAGAAACGACGACUGGCAAGUAGUCAGAACGACAUUGGGUGAGACUGACAAGGAGGGAACCGAAACAGGGCAACCAGCCAAAGUUGAAGUCGAUCCAGCAAUUCGAAAGAAGUUGUUCAAUGCACCUAAAAGAAUAUCAAAGUUGGAGGAACUGCUAGAAAAGACCGAGGAAGAAAUCGCGUCUCUGGACGAAGAAUGUUAG